UACAAUUUUCGGUCGACCAUCUCUUAUUAACAGGAUUAAUAAGAUACUCAUGGAUAAUAGUUAAUGAGGAUUUGGAGGGUUACAUUUUUUAUAAUAUUGCUCAUCAGGUUAAUGAUCAGUUUCUAAAUCUUAAUUUUGGUCAAUGGAUUUUCCAUAAUUGAAUUUGUAACCUCAUCGAAAAAUAUGGACAUCAUAGGUAACCACAAUAAGUCCAAGGAAUAGACUGUUGAACUUCUCAAACUGGCAUUUGAUCUUCAUGGGCAGUUGGCAACGUUGGGCGUUAUUAUUCACAUUAUCAGCUGUCUUGGCAUUAUUUAUUGCCAACACAAUAUUCCUCUGUCUUAUUAGUCCAUAUAGUCUUGAAUUCUAUGUCAAAAAUAGCACUGGGAAGGCGUCCGUUCAUGUUCAAAACGUUCCUACUGGAAACAAGUGGCUGAACUUUUUAUAUAAUAAAACUCAUGUAAACUCCCAACACGAUGUAAGUAUCAAAGAUGUGUGCAGUAUGGACAAUUGCUUCGAUUACACGCUUUGUCAAUCUGAAUUCAAGGUGUAUGUAUAUCCUCCAUCGUCAAAACAAACCAAUCCAUCUUUAACCUAUCAAAAAAUUCUCACCGCUUUGCAUAACUCAAAACUUCUCACAUCAGAUCCGUAUGAAGCUUGUAUAUUUAUUCCUAGUUUGGAUACCCUAGAUCGAGAUCCUUUAAGUCCACAUUUUGGUCAGUAUAUAGCCCAGGAGCUCGUUAAUUUACCAUUUUGGAAUUCGUUGCCUAGAAGAGAUCCUGAUACUAAUUCAAUUCCAACUUCUAAUCAACAGUUAUCGAAAUAUGGUGGUCGUAAUCAUUUAAUAUUUAAUUUACAUGCGGGUACUUGGCCAUAUUAUCAUGAAGAUGAAUAUCGUUUAUGGCUUGGUCAAGCUAUGUUAGCUAAAGCCAGUUUUUCUACCAAACAUUUUCGUCCAAAAUUCGAUAUUUCUUUACCACUUAUUCAUUCUCAACAUCCUUUAAAAUCAGGAUCAAUUCAAUUGGAUCACUUAGUAAGCAGCGAACAUUUACGCGGUCGACUUGAUUUACCAUAUCUUCUAAGUUUCAAGGGUAAACGUUAUGUGAGUGGGAUUGGAUCAGCGUCACGUGAUAUACUUUUUCAUUUACACAAUGGAAAAGAUAUCAUUAUGUUAACUACUUGUCGUCAUGGUACAGAUUGGAUACGAUAUGCUGACAAGCGUUGUGCUACUGAUAUGGCUUUAUAUGAUACAUAUGAUUAUUGGGAACUAAUGCAUAAUUCAACAUUUUGUCUUGUUCCUCGUGGUCGACGAUUAGGCUCAUACCGUUUCCUAGAAGUUCUACAAGCUGGUUGUAUCCCAGUUAUGUUGAGCAAUGAUUUGGAACUUCCAUUUUCUGAAGUGAUUGAUUGGAAUCGAGCAGUUAUUUGGGCUGACGAACGAUUACCUUUAUUGCUUCCAUUGAGCCUAAGACGUAUUACAUCGCAUCAGAUAAUUCAAUAUCGACAACAAGUUAUGUUUCUUUGGCAUACUUAUUUAUCUUCAAUUGAAUCAAUUGUUCUUACAACACUAGAGAUUUUACGGGAUAGAGUUUCACUUCGUCGUAGGAGUUAUGAAAUUUGGAAUACAUUACCUGGUGGUCUUGUAGUUUCGCAUGUAAAUUCUAUGGACAGUUGUGACGUAGCAAUUCAACGAUAUCCCACGCAUUGUCAAUACGAAAUCAAGUCAGGUUUCACAAUGUUGAUUCCAAUACGUACAGAACUUUGUGCUGUAUAUAUGGAACGUUUAAAAUCUCUCGGUGGAAUUCUGUUCCAUUCAGUGUAUUUACGAAAGAUCAUUAUUGUUUGGCAGUGUAAGAAUUUUCCACCAAAUAAUAAUGAAUUAAAAUCUUAUGCUUCAGUUCCAGUUGAAAUUGUUCUCCCUGAUGAACGGUUUACAUCGAAAUAUUUUCCUAAUUCUAUAUCUCCAGCUGUUCGUUUUCAACCUUUUCAUGAAAUCCCCACUUUGGCUGUAUUCACAUAUUCAUUAGACUUGAAUAUUACAGUAGAAGAAUUAAAUUUUGCUUAUCUAACUUGGCAAGAAUUUCCAAAUCGUUUAGUUGGAUUUCAAGCUCGUUCACAUUAUUGGAAUGCUACAGAUCAUCUAUGGAAAUAUGAUGAUAAUCCAUCGAUGAAACAUUUUUCAAUAGUUUUAUUAAAUGGGGCAUUUUAUCAUCGUUAUUAUCAUCAUCUUUAUCUAACAUUGUUAGAUCGUAAACUUCACGAGAUUGUCAAUGUAUUUAAUAAUUGUGAAGAUAUCCUUUUCAAUUGUCUUAUAAGUCAUGUAACUAGUUUACCACCAAUUAAAUUAUUUAAUACAAGCUAUAUAGAACAAAAACUAUUGUCAAUAGAUAAAAAACAUUUAAAUUUCACCGAAUUAAAUAUUUAUCGUGAACAGCGAACUUUAUGCAUACAAGCAUUUUCACAGCAUUUCAUUAAAUUCCCAUAUACUGGAAAACAAUCUAAUCCACUUAUUAAUGAUCAGUACAUAAGUGAAGAAAAUACACCAGAGUUAUACCUACCACUUUACAUUAGUUCAUAUAGUAUACAUCCUUCAAUGUGAAUUUCGAGAUGUUCGUAAUUCCUCAAAUUACAACUUUAUGGCAAGAUUGUAAAUGACAGGUCUAAAUAACAAAACAACUCCGCAGAUUGGAGCUUAAUGGAUAAUUCGUUAUCGUAUGUUGUCUUCUUAUACUCAACACGGUAACAAUAUGUACUGUAAAAGCCAACCUUUGUUGUAGAUAUUUUCGUCAUAAAACAGCAUAACUGUUUGUAAAUAUACCAACUUUGUCAAACUAUAUUAACGCUGAUUAUCAUUCUUGCAAUGUAUAUCAGCAAUUACCGAAAAAUAAAGUGAAUGAUGGCAUAAACAAAUC